CAUCUAUUGGGGGAAGGGUUUCAUAACUCCGUCCUGUCUGUACUUCUGAGACGUCUUUAUUGUGAGCGUUUGAGAGCUGAUGAGCCUCUGGGGGAGCAUCAUCUGGUUUUACAGUCGCUUCUUUGCAGCUCGACAGACUGGAAGAGAGAAUGGGAGAGUGGGACUUUCUGGGACGGCUUCUGGACAAAGUCCAGACCCACUCCACGGUCAUCGGGAAGGUCUGGCUGACCGUCCUGUUCGUCUUCAGGAUCCUGGUCCUGGGGGCCGCGGCGGAGAGGGUGUGGGGGGACGAGCAGUCCGACUUCAUCUGCAACACGGAGCAGCCCGGAUGCGAGAACAUGUGCUACGACCACGCCUUCCCCAUCUCCCACGUCCGCAUCUGGGUGCUGCAGAUCGUCUUCGUCUCCACACCGACCCUGGUCUACCUGGGGCACGUCCUGCACGUGGUCCACAUGGAGAAGAAGUACAGGGAGAGAACGCGUAAGCAGGCAGAGGAGGAGCUCAGCAGCCUGAUACUGAGGAACGGGUACAAGGUCCCCAAAUACUCAGACAGCAAGGGGAAGGUUAGCCUGCACGGUCGACUCCUUCAGAGCUACCUGGUGAACCUGCUCUUCAAGAUCUUGCUGGAAGUGGGGUUCAUCCUGGGGCAGUACUACUAUUAUGGCUUCACCUUGCAGGCCCGCUACGUCUGCAGCCGGUUCCCCUGCCCGCACCAGGUGGACUGUUUCCUCUCCAGGCCCACAGAGAAGACCAUCUUCAUUUGGUUCAUGCUGGUGGUCGCCUGUGUCUCCCUGGUCCUGAACCUGGUCGAGAUCCUCUAUCUGUGCACCAGAGCCGUCACCAAGUGCAUGGACAAGAAGCAGGGUUACAUGGUCACUCGCGUAACUCCAGUCCUGCAGAGAAACGAGUUCAAAAACAAGGACCUGGCUAUCCAGAACUGGGUCAACCUGGAGCUGGAGCUACAGGGAAGGAAGCUAGGCAGUGGGGUCACUAAAAGCCUGGAAUCAGAGGACGUUAGCACUAACAUGGAGGAGGUCCACAUCUGAACUGCUGCUUUGAGGCACAGACUUAACUGUAAAGCACUUUGCCCUGAAAACUGUGUUGGCAGGUGUUGUAGGUUUAAUUUCUUACAGGGUGAAUAAGAUUUCCGUCACUGUCAAGCUCAUUCUGUAAGCUGUUAAAAAAGUAAUAUUUCCUCAGUUUUUAUUAAAAUUUAAUCUUGCCCUGUUAUUUUCAUGCAUCUAAGUAGUUAUGGAAUGUGUCUUUAAAUCAUAUGACACCCUGUGCCAGUUUCUGUGAGUUAUGUUUCCAUUUCUUGUAAGUUCUUAUGUACUUUUAUGCGCACAUGCAAUUUUUUUCCUUUUUUUCUUAAGAUCUUUACCAUAUAAAACAAACAUAUAGUCACAUUAUUGCCAAAUAUCUAUCUCAGAAAAUAUAUGCACUGUAACAUUCACUUGGUUUUUUUUACCGUUAUUUCAGUUGCUUUUCAGUCAUUGAUAUUUUAUAAUAUGAAGUUGGUCAUUUUUUUGUAUACUUUUCCUCAUCAAUAAAAUACACAACAUAUACUCAUAA